AUGACUACAGUGUCAGGGGUGGAGAAACUCACUGCAAAAACGUAUCUCAAAGGCCAUGGCGAGAUUUAUCAUAAGAAAAAGCCACCAGCGAUAGCAGCCGAGCCUCUACUGAGUAAAGACCUUCACCGGACCGCCGUAACUAAUUUUUCUCGGGAGCAUGAACAUGACCCGGAUAAACGGUUUUGGACGAAAGGUGGGUCCAGAAAUCAUACAGGCUACAGGUUGACGCUAUCCACUAAUUCUAUUUCAGAGAAGGAUGAGGGAGAUGAAUAUGAAGAGACGAUAGAACAAGAAAACGAGACUGGGGUCCUUGUUAACACAAAAUACACGGAAGAAGAUAAGGCCGUAUUUCGCAAGCAUGUUGCUUUCUACAGAGACAAAAGUCUCAGCCGUUACUUCUUUCGGAGGGAGAAUAAGUUAAUGGAUUUCGUAUACUUGAAUGAUUUUCUUUUCAAUUCUGACAAAAUUCUCACCGCUAAGGUGGACAAAUGGCUUUUCAGACAGGUCAGAAGACUGGAGGAACUGUACAAACUCCAGGACGUUUUGAAGAGCAUAACUCUAAGUUCAAGAGGCUCAAACACCACGAUAAGUGACAAAAGUGUAAAACGCUUGACAGAGUAUGCUAGCUCUGGCAGUGAAACCAAUGAAAGUGAAUUACCCAAUUCGGAAACACAGACAUCACAACACAAGAAUCCCGGCAACAGGGACAUCACUUCCAGUGACGAUUCCGCAGUCCAAGACACCAAGGACGAAAUUCCGGAGUCUGAAGAAUUGAAGAAUAGAACUCGGUUGAGAAAUUCUAGGCAGCACAGUUGGUUCAGCGAAUUUAUUAGGGAAUCAUUUUUCCGGAAGAGAAGAAGUUCGGAGCAAAGGAACAGUAAAAGCCGGUCAUCUUACCCUUCUACUUCUCGAAGCAGCAGCAAUUGCUCUACGGCUUCAGCAAAGAGAAGAACCCGCCAUUCUUACAAUGGUGUUCCGUAUGAUGUAGGUUUCCGGGAAAAAUAUUUCUUCGGAGGAGCUUUUGAUAGCGUUGCAAACGGCGUCGCCCGGUCAGGAAGUCUUUCUUCAUGGUUUCAUCACCUGAAGGGGUCGCUAGGGAGAAGAAGGUCGAGGGCUUCCGUGAGGAAGAGCUCUAAUGGCAGUUUCGAACUAGAAGUAAAAGUCGAGCAGCUACCACAGGACCUUGAUUCUCAAAAAGUACCCCUGCAAGUUACUGUCAUUGGUUUGAACAACUUAAGUCAGACAUUAUCUAACGAUGACCUCCUCAACGCGGAGGGAGACAAACUCACAAGGGAACUGAAGGAUAUUAACAAGGAAGAGGAAGCUGACAGAACUUCCCCUCCAGAGUCAACCAGUCCUGAAAAGCGUGAGCUUGUGAAUAUUUGCGAGGACGAUGAGAAUACCGAGGAAGAAGAGAAUAUAGAGGUGUGCAGAACGGCCUAUUCAGAUAGUGACGGUUCUGACGAGGACGACAUGGAUGCUGACAUUGAGCAGUAUCUAGACAUGGAGUCGGUUCAGUUACCACCUCUAGAGCUGGAGUUCGGUAACAGCUUUAUACAUGAAAUAGAGGAGGAAUUGGGUUUCCUAACUAACGCCGAACAACACACAAUGGAAGCUGAAGACAAUGUGCGGUACUCAAAUGAGUGGUCAAAACGCAAUUCUGCCGUAGAUCCGCUCUCCAAACGCACCAGCCCUGAACACAGCACGAGCUUGACUAAGAAAAGCGGAACCUAUAAUUUGGGAGCAAACUACAACAACAACAGCAACAAAAGCGAAGAAGCUAUCCUAUCUCCUCGUAGGAACGGCAAAGGGAAGGUUAAACGUACUAAAAGUCGCGAACUAUUAAAACGUGUCCUAGCGCGAAACGUAGGCAAAUACAACAAGCCUAGAGCACAAACGGAUUCUACUACAUUCCACGCCUCUGCUCAACUGGCUCAACUGCCUGACGUUUCUCUGCAAGCGCCAUAUGAAAAUCAAUCACUUGAGCAGCUAUUUUCGUUUUCUUUUGAUUAA